AUGGCAACAGACAACAGGAGAAACGUCACGAGAAAUAAGUUGAAGAAUAAGAGAUCUCGAGCUGAUCCGCCGCAAGAACGACGACCAAAGUCGGAACUCGCGACUCCAAAACUGCCUCCAAAUGGUUUUCCGGCAGAAUUUCCGUACAAUAAAGAUGGAUAUCGGUAUGUGUUGGCCGAACCUGAUCCACACGGACCUUUUCGUCAAGAGUUUGAAGAAUCGCAAGAUUUGGCCGGAAAACCGAUUCCCGGUUGGCUUUGUCGCAAACUGUGUCCACAAGACGUCGCUCUUUCGCUUCACGAUAGGGCACCACAACUCAAGAUAUCCGAAGACAGACGUCUCGUUUCGGGAGAUAAAGGCUAUUGUUGUGUUCGCGCGAAUUACGGCGUUUGUCGUGGAAAUUGGUUUUUCGAAUGCAAACUAACAGAACUUCCAGAUGGCGCUGCAGUUCGACUUGGAGUCGCUCAAGAGUUGGCUAAUCUUCAAGCGCCUCUUGGAUACGAUCUGUUCGGAUAUUCCGUCAGAUCACGCAAAGGAACCAAAUUCCAUGACUCUCGCGGUCGACAUUUUGCUGAGUCAUGGAAUACGGGAGAUGUGAUUGGAUUUCUGUUGAGUUUGCCGUCGUCUCGGACGACAACAGUUUUGCCGCCAGUUUUUAAAGACAAACCUUUAGUUAAAUUCAAAAGUUUUCUAUAUUUCGAGUCAAAAGACGAUCCAAACACUGAAUCCAAAGCCUUGAAACCACUCGUCGGCUCAACACUCGACGUCUUCCGUAACGGACAAUGGCUUGGAACAGCUUUCGACGACCUGAAUGCCGGCACUUACUUUCCGGCCGCUUCUCUCUACAAAUCGGCCGCAGUUUCCGUCAAUUUUGGACCUGACUUUGCAUUCCCGCCCUCCCGAACUUAUAGACCAUGGAGUGACGUUCCAUUGGAUCAGAUGGCAGAACAAACUUUAGCCGAAAUGUUGUUUUUCGUUCAAAACGAAGGAACUCUACGUUUAGACACAUUUUACGGAAACUGA